AUGCAUUCGACGACGACGACCACAUCCGCCACAAACACACGACAACAACGACAGAGACAAAGGAAACAGCAUUUAAGAUUUUCUCGAAGCGUCUCUUCCUCUUCCUCGUCCUUUCCUCCAAAGCAGCGUCAGCGCAGUACUAAAAACGCGACUGCAACGACGGAAAGGAAAAGAGGAAGAGGACAGAGAACUGCGCUCGUCGCUUCCACAUCAUCAUCUUCUUCUGAUAUUGCGGGUAAUCCGUUCGAGCAAACCACUCAAGCCGCGUCGGAGAGGCAAGACCUCUUCAACGACAUAGCGCCAGUGUACGACCAAUUGAACGACGUUUUAUCUUUAGGCUUACACCGCGCAUGGAAGCGAGCGACGGUGAAAUGGUCGGGAGCGAGAAAAGGAGAUACAGUUCUAGACGUCUGCUGCGGUUCCGGUGAUAUCGCGCAGAGACUUUCGGAUCGAGUUGGCGACAAAGGAACGGUGUUUGGUUUGGACUUUGCGGAAAACCAGCUGAGGCGAGCGGCGGAAAAGAUGGAAGAGAAGACGCCGUCGACGAGUAACGAAACGAACACGGCAAAAAUUAAAUGGGUACAAGGCGACGCUUUAGAUUUGCCAUUCGAGGACGACACGUUCGAUGCCAUCACGAUGGGGUACGGGCUAAGAAAUGUGAGAGAUAUUCCAAAGGCGUUGUCCGAGUUGAAACGCGUAGCAAAAAACGGCACUAAAGUCGCCAUCUUAGAUUUCAACAACUCCAGAGACGAGACAACCAAUCAAGUAUCUGGAUUUAUUCUCGAUAACGUCGUCGUCCCUUUCGCGAAAAUGAACGACGUCGAAGCGGAGUAUAAAUAUUUGAGACCAAGCAUUGAGAGGUUUCCAACUGGACCGGAGUUGGUCGAUUUAGCUUUAGCAGCGGGCUUCGAAGAAGCGACGCAUUACGAACUUCAACCGGGAGGGUUAAUGGGGUGUUUAGUCUGCCAAGUUUAG